AUGUCUGCCAGUUUCACGACAGGCAGCAGCUCCUCUGGAGUCACCACAGCAGCUCCUCCUGGCACAGGUAACAGUGUGGAUGCUGCUGACAUCGCUGUGGUUGUUGUCUACUUUGUCUUUGUCAUGGUGGUUGGAAUCUGGUCGUCAUUGCGAGCCAAUCGCACAACUGUGAGGGGAUACUUCUUGGCUGGCCGUUCAAUGACCUGGUGGCCUAUUGGAGCAUCCCUGAUGUCCAGUAAUGUUGGCAGCGGUUUGUUUAUCGGCCUGGCGGGAACAGGAGCAGCUGGAGGAAUUGCUGUUGGGGGAUUUGAAUGGAAUGCAGCGUGGGUCCUGGUGGCUCUGGGUUGGAUCUUUAUCCCCGUCUACAUCUCUGCUGGUGUGGUGACCAUGCCUGAAUAUUUGGCCAAACGUUUUGGAGGCCAAAGGAUACGCUUAUACAUGUCUGUUCUGUCGCUCAUCCUCUACAUCUUCACCAAAAUAUCUACAGAUUUAUUUUCAGGGGCAAUGUUCAUCCAGGUGUCAAUGGGCUGGGAUCUCUAUCUGUCCACAGGCAUACUGCUGCUGGUCACUGCUGCUUACACUAUGGCAGGUGGUUUGGCAGCAGUGAUCUACACUGAUGUGCUCCAGACUGUGAUUAUGGUUGGGGGAGCCUUUGCACUAAUGUUCAUAGCAUUCUCCAAAGUGGGCUGGUAUGAAGGCCUUGUCGACCGUUAUAUGUCAGCUGUUCCCUCGGUGACAGUUGCCAACACCACCUGCCACCUGCCUCGUAGUGACGCCUUCCGCUUGUUCAGAGACCCCAUGUCAGGAGAUUUACCCUGGCCAGGUCUGGUGUUUGGGCUCACCGUACUGGCUACAUGGGUCUGGUGCACAGAUCAGGUUAUAGUCCAGAGGUCUCUGUCAGCCAAGUCCUUGUCUCACGCCAAAGCAGGCAGUGUGUUGGGAGGUUACCUCAAACUCCUGCCCAUGUUCUUCAUCGUCAUGCCAGGCAUGAUCAGCCGAGCACUGUUCCCAGAUGAGGUAGGUUGUGUGGAUCCAGCAGUGUGUCAGAGUGUUUGUGGAGCUUCAGUUGGUUGCUCCAACAUCGCCUAUCCUAAACUAGUGGUGGAGUUAAUGCCUGUCGGUCUUCGAGGUCUGAUGUUAGCAGUGAUGUUAGCUGCUCUGAUGUCGUCUCUGACCUCCAUCUUUAACAGCAGCUCCACUCUGUUUACACUGGACCUCUACUACAAAGCUCGACCCAAAGCUUCAGAGUGGGAGCUCAUGUUAGUUGGAAGAUUGUUCAUCCUGGUCUUGGUGUGUGUUAGUCUGUUGUGGAUUCCAGUCAUCCAGACAGCCAACAGUGGUCAGCUGUUUGAUUAUGUCCAGUCAGUGACCAGCUUUCUAGCUCCACCCAUUACCGCUGUCUUCCUAAUGGCUAUCUUCUGGCCACGUGCCAACGAACAGGGUGCAUUCUGGGGUCUGAUGACUGGACUAGUGGUGGGACUGAUCCGCAUGGUUCUGGAGUUCACCUAUUUGGCUCCCUCCUGCGGUCAGGUUGAUCGUCGGCCUGCUAUUCUGGCUGAUGUCCACUACCUGUACUUUGCUCUCAUCCUGCUGGCUCUCACCUGCCUCGUCAUUGUUGCUGUCAGCUUGGCCACCGCGCCAAUACCUAAAGAACAUCUCUACAGGCUGACAUGGUGGUCCAGAUACAGCCAGGAGCCUCGUAUUGACUUCCCAGGUCUCCAGACAACCUCUGAGCCAGUGAACUCUGACCACAGCACAGACUCUGAGCGCUUACCAGAUUCAUGGUGGCGGAGAGCUGCUUUGUGGCUCUGUGGUCUGACCGGUGCCAGCUCUGGCUCAGCAUCUCCAGUGACUGAACACAGUGAACUGAACUCCCUGCAGGAGGAGCCGCUCUGGAGAAGAGUCUGCAACAUGAACGCCCUGCUACUGCUGGCUGUUAAUGUGUUUCUUUGGGGGUACUUCGCCUAA